GUCAGUGAUCACGGUCCUGUACACAGUGUCUGCAGCAGUAGCACAUGACGUCAUCAGUGUUGCAUCACUGCCACCUGCUGGAGACUUCACGUCACUUUCUGCACACUCUGGUGUCAGACCAUGUUAAAAAUAAGAUUUAAGAGGGAGAUCAAAAGUGCGCGUGCUCAAGAGAGGUGACGUCAUCGCUCUCGGCUGUUCCCAUUGGUUGGGCCACCUGGGGUCCCACAGCCGUUCAGUCCUUGGUGAACAGGGUCCACACGUUGACCCGGUUCGUCCCAUGGACCAGUAACUAUCAUCUGGACUCUGUGGCGUUGAAUCGCCCACUUUUAAACUGUAUCUUUGAACGAAAGGCGCCAUUUUGAUGCUCGCUGUGCUGUAAGUAAACCCGCCCCACUUCCGGUGUGAGCUGUGUUUGUGUCCGGCUAGCAUGCUAACGUCACUGUGCUAACGAGGCUCUGGACCCACUCCCAUGGACACGGUGCAGUACAGGGAUUUCACCGGCUCAUCUCAUUAACACAGACCGCAGGAGAAGAAGCGGAGACCGCUAAAGCUGUCAGCUCAUCCCGGGACUGAGACCCACCACAUCCUGUCUGGAUAAGAGCUGUUGUUAGCUGCACUUAAAGUCCAGUCUGUCCGCUGCAGAGCGAGAGCAGCUGAUCCGGCAGCGAGUCCAGUUUGGUGGGGACAGACAGACAGAGUGCGCCUGUCUCCGGGUCCAGAUGGGGAACAGUGCACUGAAGUCUCACCUGGAGACCUCCCAGAAGACUGGGGUGUUCCAGCUGACAGCGAAGGGGCUCCAGGAGUUUCCAGAGGAGCUGCAGCGACUCACCAGUAACCUGCGGACCGUGGAUCUGUCGGGGAACAAGAUCGAGGUUCUUCCCGCCUCAAUCGGAAACUUCCUGCAGCUCAAGAGUCUGACGCUCAACUCCAACAAACUCACCUGCAUCCCCAGUGAGAUCUCCAAGCUGAAGAAACUGGAGACUCUGAGUCUGAAUGGGAACCGGAUCCAGCAGCUGCCCCCCACUCUGGGCCAGCUCAAAGCUCUGCGGACCCUCAACCUAUCCGGGAACCAGUUCUCAGAGUUCCCCUCCGGACUGGGAACCCUGAGGCAUCUGGACCUGCUGGACCUGUCUCGCAACCAGAUCCAGAAUGUCCCCGCAGAGGUGUCAGAGCUGCAGGCCAUCGAGAUCAAUCUCAACCAGAACCAGAUCUCUGUCCUGUCGGCGGAGGUGGCCGCGUGUCCCCGUCUGAAGGUCCUCCGUCUGGAGGAGAACUGUCUGGAGCUGUCCUCCAUCCCUAUGUCCAUCCUGAGGGACUCCCAGGUGUCGCUGUUCUCUGUGGAGGGAAACCUGUUCGAGGUGAAGAGUCUCCGAGAUCUGGAGGGAUACGACAAGUACAUGGAGCGGUUCACAGCCACCAAGAAGAAGUUUGCCUGAAGACACUCGAUGACGAAACAGAAUCUUAGAGCGUCGGGGUCAAAUAGACUCCACCCACCACCGCUGCUUCUUCUUCUGCUGCUAAAAUACAGACCCUACACAGCUAGGACAGUCCUCCUCACAUGGCUCCCCCCACUGGACCGGACACAGAGACAAAGAGGAUGUCUGUCCAACACGAGUCCUGCUGCUUCAGUCUGACUCAUUUAACCUGCAGACGGACGGAUGGACGGACACAGAGGACAUGAAGAACCAGGAUUAACACAAGAGAAGAAGAAAGUGUUGGAUCUUCCGAGUGUCUUCAGCAGAGACUCAGGAACAGAAACAUUAACGCAUGAGUUACCUUUAAUGUUCGUCUCUUUAAAUUAUUAUUUAAUUUAACACUUAAACUCAUCAGACGUCUCAGAGACCAAACUGAACAGCAGGAUGAAGAUGAAGAGUCUCGUCAUCAGUCCGUCUCUCAAACCGAAUCUGUUCAUCAGAAUGAAAGAAGUGAAAAUAAUUAACAUGUAACUUUGUGAGUAAUAAUUUAACAGGAGAUAAAUUCUAUCAGCUCAGAAAAAGAUGCUUCUUCUGUAAAGUUUUUGUAUAACAUGAGAGAAGUUUAUCAGUAAGUUCUGAUCAUUCAAACAAGUUAGUUUCAUUUUUAUUCCUGUUUUCUCGGACUGAAGAGGAGCAGAUGUGAUGAAGGACGGAUGAGUUCUCAGUGCGAUGAUUCUUUAGGAUUUAAAUCUUUCAUCUGAAUUAUGAAUUCUUGUGAUUCAAACAUCAGAACAAAGUUUUGACUCACCUGCUGAAGAACAUUUAUGUUUCUGACUUAAUCUGAAUGUUAAUGAGAGUUCAGCUGUUUCCUGUGAAGCUGAGUCAGGAGACGAUCCUGAAGACCACCUGUCUUUAUUUCACGUUCGCCGUUCGAUUGAUCGGGUCUGAACACUAACCCUUCCACGUCCUGUCAGCUGCAUGUUUAAAGGACACUUCCAUGUAACUUUAGAGGUUUGAUUUGUGUUUUUGUUUCUCUAAAACAGUUUUUUCUUAUUUGAACACCGUCACCGAAGUCAUUUCUGAGUCUGUUUUAUUACCAAGUGUUGAUUUUCACUUCCUGCUGCGGAAAUCUGAAGUUUCUGGUCGAGUUUAUUCGAAACCUGCUCGGUGCUCUGGUCCAUUAUUCUUUUUCUUUUAGUCCUUUUAAAACAUGUUUUACAGGAGAAACUAAAAACUGUUAAAGCUUCUGAUGGAUUCAGUCCAGCACUCGGAUCAUACUUGAGUAAAACUACUUCCACAGUGUGUAGAAAUACUUUGUUACAUGUAGAAGUCCUGAAUUCAAAGGUUAAUAAUACUACAAGUAUCUAAAUGUACUGAAAUAUUAAAAGUACUCAUCAUGCAAAA